AUGCAUUUUCGUACAAAAUUUCCAUUGGUAUCGUGUGAUCUGUUGAAUUGGUUUCCCGGUCAUAUGAAUAAAGGUAUGAAACAAAUACAACAAAAAUUGAAUCAAAUAGAUUGUAUUAUUGAGGUUCAUGAUGCACGUAUUCCAUUGACUGGUCGUAAUGCUGAUUUUCAACAUAAUGUUUUGGGAAUAAAACCGCACAUAUUGGUGUUUAACAAAAGUGAUUUGAUCGAGAAAAGGUACGAGAAUAAAAUAAUCGAUAGCUUGCGGCACGAUUCGUAUGGAGAACAGCAUAUUUUAUUCACCAGUUGCAAGAAGAAAAACUGUAAGGGAUUGAAAAGAAUGUUACCACUGGCUCAAAGUCUUAUCAAUAACUCUGGUAGAUUCAAUCGUACAGCUCAAAAAGAUUUCUGUAUUAUGAUAAUUGGCAUACCAAAUGUUGGAAAAUCAUCUUUGAUUAAUGUGCUGCGCAAUCAAAACCUUAGCAAAAAAGGAGCAACUCCAGUCGGAGCGAUUGCUGGUGUAACUCGAACAGUGUUGAAUCGCAUCAAAAUCUGCGAAGAACCUUCUAUUUAUUUGCUUGACACUCCUGGCAUUUUGCUUCCAAAUAUCAAUGAUAUUGAAAUGGGACUUCGUCUAGCAUUGGUGGCCUCUCUACAUGAUCAUUUAGUUGGGGAAGAGCUGAUUGCCGACUAUUUACUUUAUCUUCUAAAUAAGCAAAGAAACUAUCGUUAUGUUGAUGUGAUGGGUUUGCAGAAGCCAACGGACUCCAUAGCUGCUACGCUUAUUGAUAAUGCUGUAAUAUUUGAUAAAAUGAUCCAAACAAGGCUAUUCAAUGGAACCGUUGUCGCACGUCCGGAUGUUAAAACAGCUGCUAAGUAUAUGUUAAAAUGUUUUCGCACUGGAAAACUAGGUAAAGUGCUCUUGGACCUGGAUAAGAUAACUAAUUGAAAAAACAAAGAGGUAAAAACGAAACAGAAUUUCUCAGCAUUUUUACAAGACUCUGAAAAUAGUCGUUCGAUUAUGUCUAGAUCAUUCAUAGCAUUUGUGAAAUUAAUAAAUAAAUAGAUUCAA